AUGGAAGAAGCAGGAGGCGCCGCUGGCACCGUCCGGACCGUGUCCCGGCGACUGGUCCGGCCGUCGAUCGGCGACGCGCCGCCGCCGGAGGACAUCCACCUCACGCCGUGGGACCUCCGCUUGAUCAGCGUCGACUACAUCCAGAAGGGCCUCCUCCUGCCCGCGCCUCCCGACGGCGGCGACCGCCUCGUCGGCACCCUCGCGUCGUCCCUGGCGCGCGCCCUGGGCAGGUACUACCACUUGGCCGGCCGUCUCGCCGUCGAGGAGCGGGGCGACGGAACCCUGAACGUCAUACUACGCUGCACCGGGGAGGGUGCCGAGCUCGUCCACGCGACGGCGCCCGGCGUCGCCGUCGCGGACAUCGCCGGCUCGUUGUACACCCCGUCAUGGGUCGUCAGGGCCUUGUUCCCGUCGAACGGGGUGCUUGGCGCGGACGCAGCCAUCGAUUCGCUCCCCGUGCUGUCGGCGCAGGUCACCGAGUUCGCCGACGGCGUCUUCACCGGCGUGUCGCUGAACCACUCCCUCGGCGACGGCUUCGUCUUUUGGGAGUUCUUGCACGCUUGGUCGGAGAUCAACCGGGGAGGAGGAGCAACCAGAGACCUAAGCGAGAUCUCCGCGCGGGUGCACCGGAGGGAGCCGCAGUUCCGGUACUUUGGGAGCCUUAUGUCCGGAGGCGCGGCGCUGAUGACGGGGAGCUCGCCGCGGUUCGACGUGUUCGGGAACGACUUUGGGUGGGGGAAGCCGGCCGCCGUGCGUAGCGGCGGCGGGAGCAAGAUGGACGGGAAGGCGACGGUGUACGAGGGGCCGGAGCGGGGAGGGAACUUGUCUCUGGAGGUGUGCAUCUCCCCGGACGCGAUGGAGAGGCUCGUCGCCGACGAGGAGUUCAUGGACGCCGUGACGAUGUUGCCGGCCCAACAUGGGUGA